AUGGCUGGUCGGGCGUGGUUCAAUGGCUUCAUGAAAAGAAAUUCUGAGCUAUCGUUGAGAAUACCUGAGGGGGUUUCAUCAGCUCGUGCAAUGGCAUUGAACAAGGUAGUUGUGCAGUCUUUCUACGAUCUUCUAUUGGAGCAGUAUGAGAAAUAUCAUUUUGCUCAUGAUCGUAUUUACAACAUGGAUGAAACAGGCGUCACCGGUAUUCCAAAGACCUUAUCCCAGGUUGUGGCACUGAAAGGCAAGAGACAAGUUGGUAAAAAAACUUCAGGUGAGCGAAGUAAAACUGUUUCUGCGAUCUUGUGCGUUUCUGCAUCUGGCAAUGCCCUACCACCCCGAUUUAUCUUCCCUCGUGCAAGAAUGGAUCCUAAAUUGAUGAAUGGAGCACUUCCAGGAGCUCGGGGAAUGGCGACUGAUUCAGGCUGGAGCACAAUAGAAGCAUUUUUUGAGUGGUUCAAAUGGUUUGUUGAUACUGUAGAACCAACUCAAGAAAAGCCAGUAUUGUUGCUUCUGGACGGUCACUACAGCCACGUGAAGAAUUUAGAGGUCAUAGAAUACGUACGAGCUCAUAACACGGUCAUUUUGUGCUUUCCUCCUCACUGUACCCAUCGACUGCAGCCCCUGGAUGUCAGCGUCAUGAAACCUGUUUCAAUUUAUUAUGCCGAUGAAAUAAGCGAGAGAGAAAGGAAGGAUCCUGGACGAAAUACAGUGCUAGGUGAUAUUCCUUUUCUGUUUGGACGUGCCGACGUGAAAGCCGCAAGAUCUUCUGUUAUCGUCAAUGGAUUUAAAGCGACGGGUAUUUACCCCUUCAAUCCACAGCGGUUCAUCGACCCAGAUUUUGCUCCUUCUAAAGUAACGAAUCGCUCAGCACCACAAUCGGAUAGAUCUGGAGAGUCAUCAAUGACUGGGAGUGCCCCUGGAGGAAUAUCUGAGGAAGAGGCUACGACUAAGUCAUCAUCUCACAGUGUAGACACUAGUCCUCCUCAUUACACUUUAAGUGACUCUGAUCCUGACCUGGACGUUCAACAAACUGAAAGAGCAGAGCAUCCCCCUGACCCCCCACUAAAAAGAAGCAACAGACAAGCUCGUACACGUAUCACCCCCGAUAUCGACACAGAGGCUGAUGGAGAAUCUGAAAGCUCCCGGCCAGAACCGAAAAUCAGGACCAGCAAGUAUCGCAAGCUCCAUCUGAGGAAGACAGAAGGAUUCAAGGUGAAUUCACAAGAUAUUAUGCCGAUGCCAGUGGCACAUGAUGAACCCACUUGA